GACGUUUCGUUUACAUCAUUUGUCAUUUUCGACAACCCGUCAUUCCAUUUUUAGAGGAUCGAAUUUUGUUGAAUUUUUGCAUUCAACGAACAAAAAUGGGUUUUUCCAGUACUGUUUAUAACGCAAUUUUCAAAAGAACAUCCACAAUGGCUUUGGCUGUCAUUGUGUCUGCCUUUGCAUUUGAAAGAACCUUCGACCUGGUUACAGACAGUAUAUUUGAAAAAGUUAAUGAAGGGAAAUUAUGGAAACACAUAAAGGAUAAAUAUGAAACAGAAGAAUAAGUCAGUUAUGUUGUAUUAGUGUAGCC